UUUAUAAAAGAAAAGUUGAAUUAAAUUUGAGACCCCUAAAGUUAUCAUGAAUAUUAAUAGACGCGGAAAAGCCCCCAAAUUGAAAAAUAUAACGGACUUCGUCCCCAAAGUAAAACUAGACACGCGAGCGCGUUAGGUUUAUAAGUUUGCGUGUUUUUGUAGUUCACUGUCAAGAAGAAAUAAGAUGGCAUUUUUACCAAACUCGUUAAAUUCUUCUGGCAACAGCAGCCAACUAAGACGCCGCCAGCCCCUGAUAUGUGUGACCCACUGUUGUAAGAUGGCUUGUCUAGAUGUUCCGCAUAGAUUUCCCUUCUUCUCAUUUGUGAUGUUUAGUUUUUACAAGAUGCUCAGGUUGUGGGGAGAAACUAUACAAGUUGAAAUCUCCAGCAUUCUACCUUCCAAUACCUUAUGUUAACGGCCAUAAAACAACGUUCAGUAUUCUUGUGAAGCCGACCAAUGGAAGUUGGCAUGACUGCCAUGAGAAAGACGCGGAUUUCCAUGUUGGAAUUUCCCCUCGUGAUGCAGGAGGAGUAUCAAGUUAUACAUCGGAUGGUGUCAUCCAGGAGCUGAAUGGAUGGGAGGAAUCACUAAUUGUGUUUAACAUUAGCAACCCUGAGUGUGAGAUGAUGUGGGGGAAGUGUUUGGACCAAAUGUCGAGUGAAGAGAAAUGGUCAAAGUACAAGUAUGACGAAAACCGUUACAACUGUUUUGACUUUGCCCUCUCCUUACUGACACAAGUGGAUGAAUCUGUUAAAAGUUUCUUUGGUGAAUCCCCUAAGCUGAUCCCUUUCUCAUUUAACCGAGAAGAAAUGAGAAUGAGGUUUGUCCGAAGACAUGUUAUGCCACAAGUAAAGAUUGCAGCGAACUAUCAUAAACUAUCGGUUCAAGUCUCGCACAGGGGAGUCGUGGUUAUGGACUCGCCAGAACUUUAUGGAAUCGAAUGUUAAAUUGGGAUGCAGUGACUUUAAUAUAUAUUUACUAUCUUGUUGUUUAUAACUUUUUAUGUCUGUUAGCGCGAAACAUAAAGUUUCCCUCUGUUUAUAUACGGUUGUUUUCCAUUUUAAAUACGGGUUGAGAACUUGGGAUUAAGGCAAUACUUGGCCCAUUACUCCAACACCAAUACUACUUUUAAACCACUGAACCACAACGCCAGAUGUUUAUGGGAGUAAAGUGAAUUCUAAGUUUAAUUGGCCAACUUUGGUCUGCUUUUCAGGAGCAUUGCGUGUACAGCUUUAUAGAAUAGAACGGAAUUGAAAAAUGAUGUUAAUUAAAUAUAAGGACAACAGUUGUUAUAGUGAAUGGAAUGUAUCAAAAUAUAGUAAAUACAGUAACCAUAACGCCUGUUAUAUCUUACCUUUCGCAAAUAUUAUUGUUUUGGUUACAAAAAUAGUAAAUUCAAUGAACAAAUUUUGUUAUUUUAUGUCGUGUGUCGAACUUGCUUUGUUGCUACUAAUCAAACUUAAUUGUUUUGUAUUGUUAUUUUUAGUUUUUCAAAAGCUUUCUAAUGUGAUUUGUAUUUUUGCAGCUCGUAUCUUGCUUGAAAUACAAGAACUGCCGUUAUAAAUUUGUCUUACAUCAGAACUCAAAAUUAAAGGUUUAACGAAAUUGUAUCGAAAUUUAAGAAUUAAGUUGCGUAUAUUAAUUGUUGGAAAAAGACACGACGAAAUGGAGCGCGCCAUCGCGUACGUUCUGUUGUUCGUCAUAGGGACCAUUGUGACGUCGGAAGCCCAGGAAACUACAUAUGUCUCAUAUAUGACACCAAAGUAUGGCGGGGAAAAUGGAGCAACUCAGAUCAAGAUAUUUGGACAAGGGUUUGCUGUACAAAUGACCUUCGCUGGUGAGGAGCCUCGUAAAGAGGUUUUCCUUGUCAACUCAGUCAACCAGUAUGUUUGUGACAUCCAUGAGGCUGAGAGCGAUGAAACACAAACUGUGUGUUACACGAGAGAGAUGACAAAGGGCACUUACUACAUUCGUAUGAAGUUGAAUGGAGUUUGGUUGGACAACAGUCAUUACUGCAACAACGCUUACACGAGCUGGAGUUGUAGAUUUCAUGUGAACAGCGGUCGCACUCCAUUGGUUGAAUCAUUGAAUGCAACGACACUUGAACCUGAGUCUCUGAUUAAAGUUCGCGGCCGACUUUUCACCAACCUGAUAAGUUCUGCUGUUGCUACAGCAACCAACGGGCAGACUUCAAACAUAGCAAGGAUCUGGUUGACCUCGGGGCAAUGUGAUCAUUUGAAGGACACUGAUGUCCCGUAUGGCAUUUCUCUUGAGGGGGCAGAGGGUGAAUCAAACUGGGGUUCUCUCACUUGCAAGAUCCGUAGCAAGUACGUCGGGAACCAAAACUUUUCUUUCAUCGUCAACGAGGGGUUCGGCAGAUCAAGGCCGUACUCAUCAACUAAACAUCUAAGCGCAGAUAACAGGAUCUACAUGCUACAGACUUAUGCAGUUGUGACAGAUGUGUCCCCAAAAGAAGGGAGCACUGUUGGUGGGACCAUGCUUACUAUAUCUGGGAGAAACUUUGAUGAUCAAUCUGGGAUCAGAGCUCGAGUAAUGGUUGGAGGUGUAGCUUGCACAGUGACAAGUGUCACUGACAACCAAAUCAUCUGUAAGACCGCCACCGAACCAGCGACAAGCAAGAGCGUUUACGCUGGAGGCCGUGGACUUAAUAUUGAGGUCUUCCCUGGCAUAACAGACAAAGAUGCAACAUUGGAUACUUCUGUAUCUGGUUACCUCACUUUCCACACUGACAAAUCUGAAUCCGGUACCAUCAGUGGAGAAAACUUUGUUUCUCGUAGCCGUGGUUUUUACUACCCUGCUGUCACUGGAGGGCACAUAUUCAAUCUUGCUGCAGACGACAACGCUGACCUUUACAUCAACUCUAAUGGGGAAGAUGAAGCUGGAAAAACUAAGAUUAUUACAUCCGGUGGCAACAGUGCCUCAGUUACAUUACAAGCAAGAACUCCGCAUUACUUUGAGAUCCGCCAUCUUCAAGGAACUGGGGGUGCUAACUUUAAACUGAAUGUGAAGGUUGAUACUACAAACUACAUACCAGAGAAUACAGCUCUUGCAGUUUCUGAAGUUCAAACCGUGGCAAUCUCAUCUACUCUUAACCAUGAACAUCAGUCAAUCUCGCUUGAGGAUUGGGUUGAACAAACACCUGUAUCAUCCCAGUGGACCAUUGAGACAACGUGUAGUAUCAGUUCAUGCAGUGGACAUUCAUUCACCAUCACUGUGUUCAAGACUUCAACAGAUCCCAUCUUGUUUGGAGCCACAGAGUUUGAAGUAAAGUCAGCGAUCACGGCAUUGAUUCCCACGAAUUCUGAAGUUGAAACAGUGACAUAUGUAAACGAUACAUAUGAUAUCACCUUUAAAACCAACAGAGGCAAAAUUGAAUUAAGUGCCACCAGCAACAGUGGUGACUUAUCGGUGACAACCACUGAGGUCCAGGUUGGCGUGCCAAAGUUAGACACCUUCACCUUGACUGUGGAUGGCUACAUAUCUACACCAAUUGCUUUUGAUGCCCCUACCUCACAUGUUGUUAAUGCCAUCAAUAGUUUGUUUGGACCAAGAUGCCCACACCAACUUGGAACUACUUUGGCUGGGAAUUAUUUCAAGCAUUUUGACUUUGAGACAAACACUGGUGUGUAUUCUGGAGCAAUUUCAAGUGAGAAUUCAUUCUGUGGAACUCGCUCACUUAAAAACCCAUCGUAUCUCUUCAAUGAAUGGGAUAAUUCAUACUUCACUGCAGUUUAUAGCAAGGUUUGCUUUGCUUACAUUGGAGACAUCAACAGCCACCUAUGGAUAAGUUACUUCUUUGAAGAUGUUGACAACAACAAUGCCAUUGUGGAAUAUUAUCUUGUUGCGUUCAAUGGUUUGGGGUUGGAAGACUCAACAACAUGGAAACAUGUUUGCGUUGAUGUUGAAAAACUUCUUAAAGAGAAACACGCAAACGGCAACAACUUUAAGGUUCGUCAACUUUACAUUGCUGCUGGCAACGAUCCAGAUACCGACCACUAUGUUGAUAACUUCUUCAUUGCGAGCUCUGUCUCCCUGUCAGAUGACCAAAUUCAAGAAAUGCAGAGGCGAAUCCAGCCUUCAGCUGUUCCUUCAAUCAAACUUGAAAGUCUCACUGUGACAAAAACAAACAACAUUUACAACGUCACAUUCUACCCGAUCGACUGUGGCAGCAGCUUUCCACUUCUGGGUGUGGCCUUUACAAGUCAAACAACCAUUAGCUCAGAUGAAGCUGUUUAUGGAAUUGACUGGAACUCUACCAGCAGAGUUCGGGUUACAAGGUUAAUGGCUGCCUCACCAGCAGUGACCGGAACAUUCGAUAUUUCAUUCGCUGAUCCAACAUUUGGGUCUUUAUCAGCACUUCCCACCAAUAUAUCGGCCGAUGAUCUAACUCUGCAACUACAAAGCUUGGCUGGAGUGAAUUCGGUGAAUGUGGUCAAAAGUGGAACUUGUUAUGGAUAUUCCUGGCAGACAACAUUUGUAUCACCUGGGGGGAAGUACCCAGCCAUGACAACUGAUGGUACUAACAUGGUUGGGAAAUCCCCUGUAGUGACACCCACUGUAGUAACAGAGGGGGGCAUCAACAUGAACCCAAUAUAUGGAGAUUUCUUCAGCACUGGACACAGUCAGCCCCAGGUUCAAGUUUACAUCAACAACGUCCCAUCAAAAUGUGACGGAGAUUAUGACAGUGAUGCAGCGACAUCGUGUGGCUUUCAAUGGUCGUCAGCGGCAACCCCAACUUUGACGAAUGUAACACCAACAAGUGGCGUGACAGGAGAUUCAAUCAGCUUAACAGGCUCCGGGUUCGGCACCACAGCCAGUGAUGUAACUGUUACGAUCGGUGGAAUGGCUUGUACUGUGAGUACGGUGACUGAUACAUCUGUUAGUUGCACUUUAGGGGAAUCCCCUGGUGGCACACAAACCAUUGCAGUUAAAGUUGCUGGAAAAGGUUCUGCUGCAUCAACUGCUGGUACAUUCACAGUGACCAGCGCUGUCACCUCUAUAACACCAACUAGUGGCAGCACCAACGGGUGUACAACGGUCACAAUCGCGGGAUCAGCGUUUGAUACUUUAAGUUCAACGGUUGCGAUUGGUGGAUACGACUGUGUUGUUUCCAUGGUAACCUAUAGCACCAUCGUGUGUACAACCUCGGCAGCGACAUCCGCUGGCAGCGUUUCGGUUGUCGUGACAACAUCAUCAGUUGCCGCGACAUCUUCAGUGACGUAUGAAUACACCGACACUGGGGCAGCUAGCAUUUCUGCAAUCUCAUCCACAACUUAUACAUCAAAUGGAGGAACCAGGGUAACCAUAACAGGAACCAAUUUUGGAACAACACAAGGAGUUGUAACUUUUGGUACCAACUCAGUGACAGUGGCAUCAUGGAGUGACACCUCUAUUGAGAUUGACACCCCAGCAUUGGCACCUGCAAUCUACGACCUCCAUGUUAUCAUUCAACCCAAUGGUUGCGCUCUCAACAGUGUUGCCGCCUCUGUAACUUACGGUUUCUCUGUGUCUUCAAUUUCUGAAACCACUGGUUCUCACAUGGGGGGAACCACCAUUACUAUCGCUGGGGAAGGCUUCACUACUGACACUAGCGUUACUUUUGGUGACAUCACUUGUGAUGCCACUGUGACAUCAUCAACAGAAAUGACCUGUGUGACAUCAUCAUCAGGGGUUGUACACAAUGUUACGAAUGACGGGGCGCAUGCAA